AUCAGGCAUGUGUUUCUAGUGUCCAUGAACUCUUGAGUUGUCUGUGAUCUGCGUGCUGAUUGGUGGAGACGGUGUUUACAUCACUGGGGAGUCAGAGGUCGUCUGUCUGAACUGAUUUAUGCGGUUUCUUACGUGUUUUCGGCGUGGUCUCGUCAUGUUUGCUGUACGUGUGUCCGUGCUCUGUUAUCUGCUGCCUCUGCUGUGCAUGAGCUCUGGAUCAGUUGAAGAGGAGAAUCCAGAGUUCUGGAGGAGUUCGGCUCAAAACACACUGCGUUCGGCUCUCAGCAGAAAACUCAACACUAAUGUGGCCAAAAACAUUGUGCUGUUUCUGGGAGAUGGUAUGGGUGUUACCACCAUCACAGCUGCCCGGAUCCUGAAGGGUCAGUUACAAAACCGCUCUGGAGAGGAGACCGUCAUGAAUAUGGACACGUUCCCAUUUGUGGGUCUCGCUAAGGUGUAUUCGGUGGAUUUUCAGAUUCCUGACAGUGCAGCGACGGCUACAGCGUAUCUGUGUGGCGUCAAAUCCAACCUGAACACUGUGGGUGUGAGCGCAGCCGCUCGCAACGGUGUGUGUCGCUCGCAGAAGGGCAACGAGGUCACGUCCAUCCUCAAAUGGGCUAAAGACGCAGGGAAGUCCGUGGGCAUAGUGACGACAACACGAGUUCAACACGCGACUCCUGCUGCUUCAUACGCUCACAGCGCCAGCCGGACCUGGUACAGCGACGCUGAUCUGCCGACUUCUGCCGUCACAGGAGGCUGUUUGGAUAUCGCCUCACAGCUGCUCCGAAACACCGACAUAGACGUGAUCAUCGGAGGAGGUCGGAAGUACAUGACGCCUAAAGGGUUUCCCGAUCCGGAGUAUCCCACAGACCUGAGCGCACAAGGACAGAGAAAAGACAACAGAAACCUCGUAAAUGAGUGGCUGAGCAUGAAAGAGGGAAAGGUUGCAAGAUACGUGUGGAAUAAGACAGACUUUGAUGCAGUGGACCCUGAAAAGACAGAUUAUCUGAUGGGCGCCCGUAUCGAUCAGGGACACCAUGACAGUCGAGCAUCCAUGGCGCUGCAUGAGGCGGUUGCCCUUGAUGACGCUGUCGCCCGCGGACUGGAGCUGACCAAUGAGGAGGAGACUCUGACAGUCGUCACGGCUGACCACUCCCACGCCUUUACUUUCAACGGCUACCCGUUCAGAGGGAACAGCAUUCUGGGAAAGUCUCCAAUCUUUGCCAUGGACUUUUUACCCUACACAACUCUGAUGUACGGAAACGGACCGGGACACAAAAUCACCGACAACAAGCGUCCAGACAUCCGUAACGUCGACACCACCGAUAAGGACUACGUUCAGCAGUCGGCCACCCCGCUAGACUCUGAGACCCACGGAGGCGAGGAUGUGGCGCUGUUUGCCCGCGGCCCCAUGGCUCACCUCUUCCAGGGUGUUUACGAGCAGAACUACAUCCCACAUGCCAUGGCAUUCGCGGCCUGCGUCGGCACCAAUCAGGAACACUGUGCUGCCACCCCUGAACCUGAUGAGAUUCCCUUCACAUCCACUGAGCCGGGAAGCUCCGCCCCCAACACGCCCCUCUGCGCCAUGACGACAGUGAUGCUGAGCGUAUGCAUGAGUGUUUUACUGCACUGAGAGAG